AUGCCCCCAAAGCAUGUUACGCGAGACCGCGCGUGGGGGACCCGUUAUGACACCUUAAUAUUAUCGUCACCUCCGCUAUCUCCCUCUACUCAGCGCAAAGACCCCACGACAGCUAGCUCUACACCAAACAGUCCUAGCUCCCAACAUGCCCACGACAUCGCUCAUUCUGUCCCCACAGCUACACCCGUCAAGUCCGAGAACACGUCGCAAGACACUAGUAUCUUCAUUGGAAGUCUGCCGACUACUACAGACUACCUAGAGAUUAAUCGACUCCUGGCGGAGCAUCUUUCCGAGCAUGCUGAGAUUAGGAGCGUCAAGGUCGUUCGCGAUUCCAAAGGCGGCACCUGUGCUUUUGCACAGUGCGAGAAUGCGACCACCGCCGGUCGUUUGCUGGAAAAACUUUUGGGCACCGCUCAUCAGCGCCCUUUUAUGGGACGCUAUCUGCGCUUUGAACAUGCGCGGGCCUUCCGCACUCUACUCGUAUCUUAUCGUAUCCCGCAGCUUACGGAUUCGUCUUUCGAUGGCGACCAUCUCUCGCAAGACGCAGUUCCCCACCACGCCAUGAGAAUAUACAAGCCACCUAACGGAAAGUACUAUGCAGUCAUCUAUGACGCGGAAGCCGUAGACUUUGAGUCGAAGCCCUCUAGUCAGGUAUUCGCUGACGAGACAUCAAAUCCCAACGAUCCUCUCAGUGACGCUGGACUGCUUCUCUCUCCCCUGCGAUUUGAUGGAGAGUCGCUUCGCAAAAUUACGACUGCUUUCGGGCGGGUUGAAAACUUUGGGCCAUUCGUCGCAAAUGCAGAAGGUUCGGCUGGUGUAUUGACGUACGAAGAGCUCCAGCUGAGACGUGUGCACGUAGGACCGACAGAAGCACCAAACCUUCGCGCUCACAGUGGUCCUCGGGCCGCAGAUAUGGAUAAACGCAUUUGGGAGAUCAAAUGGGAGCAUCGUGACGAUUGCAUGAACGCUCAGAUGACUCUACGAAACGUCCCUCACCUCAGUGUAACUUGGGCUCAUCGCUCGUACCCCGACACCGGCGCCGGCCUGGAAUCUCGCUUCGGCAGCCCCAGUUUGUCGUCGUCGCCUCGGUUCCUUCCAGGUUUCCGGCCACGCACUCAAUCCCGCAGUCAAUUUUUACUGGGUGGUGAGCUGCAGCGAGUCGCCCCUGCUAGCUCGAACUCCACAACGACUGGGCCACGGAUUUCCGGCUCGCCUUCCCAUAUCACUAGCGCGCUGUCACCAAAAUCGAUGCCCUUUAUUCCUUCUAAUGCAAACUUCGGUCUGCGCACGUCUUCACCUCCCCCCGUCAACCGGACUUCGAUAGACGCGGAAGGUCAAGACGCAACCGUUGUCGCCAGUCUAUCUGAUGUGGAGUUUCCCCCGCUACACCAGGAGUUCGUGCGUCAUCCCAGGAAAGGUACCCGGCCUCCGACUCUGUCAUGGACGACUCAAGAUAUGCGAACAGAGGCAGAUCCAUUCGCACACAACUCAGCUUUUUCUACGUCUCCGUCCUCGUCCUUAUCCGUUCAGCCAUCCACCCCCACUCCGAUAAACUCGCUCAUGUCCCCAGUCGGUGACAACAGCAUCUCUAGUCACCAUCACCAUCACGACAACGCUGAGCCUGAGGAGAAUCUCGACUCAUAUCAAGAGCAAGAGCUCGCCAUUCCUCCAACACCACCUUUUACCUCGGCAUCCAUUACACCUGUCACGCCCAGGACAGCAUUGUCUUUCCCGCACACUCCGGAGAGUGAGAGGUCCGCGUUUUCCGCGAUGGAACCCUGCGCUGGCGGCAAUGUCCGUAUGCUCUCGAAGGACGGUCGAGUCUCUGAGCGGUUUGACAGAUUUACCAAGGAGGUAGAUCCUCUGUGGAUCUUUGCUGGAGGGCUGGACGUUCUGGGCCCUAAUCCCUGGACAGAAGACAGAGUGCGUGAGGUGUUCAGCAAGUACGGUGAAAUCGAAAGGCUAGAAUUCAAUCGCAAGCAAGGCUCUAGCUGCGCAUUUGCUUUUGUGAAGUAUCCAGACACAGCCGCCAGCGCGAAUGCUGUCACUUCUGAGGAUAUGCAGAUGUAUAACGGUCGGCCUAUUCGCGUUCGACUUCGUGAGAUGUACCCCUCGCGUAACACCCAGAGAUUUCCAAGGUCACGUACUCGGCAGUCAUAUGGACCCAGUACUUUCAGGCGUUCAUUCGAAAGUAUGGCGCAGCUAUGCGAUGAUCUUCAUGUUCAGCCCAGACCUCAACAUCAGGAUCUAUCCCACCGCCCGUUUCAGGGAGACUUCUCUCGGCCUUCGACGCGCGCGGUUCCCGAAGACGUCUCCCAGCCCACCUUUCCAACUAUCGCCACCCCUGGAUCGAGACGCCCCUUAUCCUCUGGCACGCACAGUCCCACGGACGGAACUACGAGCCGGGGGGAGCCCACGCAAGACCGUCCUGUUAGCGCCGCAUCGGGAUCCAUCUCGUCGUCUCCAUCCUCCACAGAGCCGCUAGCAGUCAUGGGGCCGAUGGCACCUCAUGUCCUUGUUACUCCUCAGCAGCUGAUGCAUCCCUUCAUACCAUAUGCAUAUCCGGUACACUAUUAUUCUGGAUACACGGGCUAUCCCAUCCCAACAGGCUAUCGUCCGGGGCCUAGCGGCGGGGAAGCUAACCCAAGCCUUCCAAAUCAACAAGCCGCAUACCAACCGGCGGCAGGGCAAGCUAGUCAGGCUCAGACUCAACCUCCGGUGCGACCCGCUGGGUUUCUUGAAGGCGAUCAGCUCAUUCCUUUGUACUCACCCGAGGCGCUCAAUCAGUACAUGACCGCUUCCGGCCAGGCUCCUUCGCAGUUGUCUCCACCUCACGGCACCUCUGCGAUUCAGCCUCAAUGCGCCCCAACCCCACCCGGCUGGUCUCAUUCCAUGCCAGGCCCGCCGCAAGUACCAAUGUACUCGUACCCAUACCCACCUACCGCGGCCCUCGGGCCGUCUCUCCCUCAGCCGCUCAUGAUGGCAGGCCAAUAUCCCAUCAACACAUGGUCUUCCGCCACCCCGAUUCCUUACACAGCGGCGCCCCAGGGUUUUCCGCUAUCGCAUUCCCAGACUGGGACUUUUCCCCAGCCACCACUGACUCCAUAUUCGAAUUCUUCCACUGCCAUUGCCAUGGCGCCUUCGACGUCGUUCAGAGGUGGUCCAAGCAACACUCAUCCUUUGCCUGCGCAUGCUACUCAGCAGGACUUCGGCAGUGCUCCCAGAGGAUUUCCUCCAGCCGGCCCCAGACGAUUCGCCGGGGGACAUGGACAUGCAGGCCAUUCAGGUGCCAACGCGACUACAGGACAGGGCCAGUUCUUCCGUGGAGUGCCCAGGAACGCCGCCAAUCAAGGUCACCGCAGCUCGCCCCCGCACUUGAAUCGUCGCGGCUCGGGUGGGAUAGAUACGUCUCAAAGUUUCGGUGGGGAUGGGGCGGCACCUGCCCGCGUACAUUCGACCUCGAUAUCUCAGCAACACAUCGCUUCGCAGCCUCAGCUCAUGCAGAUGAGGGCGAGCGGCUCUUAUCCUUCGACGCUGGCUCCGAACGGGCCCAUGACGUAG